AAAUGGAUUAGCGUAUAUAAUAAGUUUUACAGAUAGAUAAUUAGAUGAUUAUUGGCACAAUAUUUUCUCUCAGGAGAGAAUAAAAAAAAUUGGGAAUGUCCAAAAUUAGAGAAGAAGGACUCGUCUUCUCUCCUCCGAUUUAUCGAUCGUCAAACCCUCAGUCUCUGCUGCCUCUGGCACUUGAAUGAGAGUUUGAGUUUGUUCGUUGUUCCAUUUCUGCAUGCACAAAGAUUUGAUUUGAGCUUCACCUCCUCAAGUGUUGUGCUAUGAGCUAGAUGGAUAGAGACCUUGAUAAACAGAACAUGGACCAAGCAAACGGUUAUGAACACGUUCGGUAUGCUGCUUCUGAUCCUCGAGGUGAGGGGAUUGGCUCCGUGAAUGAAAGGUUUUCGCGUGAUUCUUCAACUAGUGUUGAUACUAAUGUACGACCUCCAGAUUUUGCUGUUUUGACCCCUGCUCGGCCGGUGAACUACUCGAUACAGACUGGGGAAGAGUUUGCUUUUGAGUUUAUGAGAGAUAGGGUCAUUAUGAGACCGCAGUUCAUCCCUAAUGUGUAUGGUGAGGCUACGGGUAUGCCUCUUCCUGUCAACUUAAAUGCUAUGGAGAGUGGCUCUAACACCACAGUGGUUAACGCAGCAGAACAAGGGAGUACCUUUGAGCAAGAGAGGAAACCUCCUUCUAGAAGUGAAGAUAAGAGCUAUCAUGAGCUUGUCAAGUCAGCCCCGGCUGUUUCUUUAAGGAACGAUACUGGUCAAAGGCUUAAUAGUCUGCUUUCUUCUAGAGCUUCUGACAGCUCUUUGAACCACGCAAAGUUUUUGUGUAGUUUUGGUGGUAGAAUCAUACCCCGCCCCAGAGAUCAGAAGCUUAGAUAUGUUGGCGGUGAGACGCGUAUCAUACGGAUUAGCAAGACUAUUUCUUUCCAAGAACUCAUGCACAAAAUGGUAGAGAUGUUCCCUGAAGCACGUACCAUAAAAUAUCAGCUGCCAGGCGAGGAUCUCGAUGCGCUAGUCUCUGUAUCUUCUGAUGAGGAUUUACAAAAUAUGAUGGAGGAGUGUAAUGUGUUUGGUAGUGGAGGAUCUGAGAAGCCCAGGAUGUUCUUGUUUUCAAGCAGUGACUUAGAGGAGGCUCAGUUCGUUUUGGAAGCUGCAGAGGGUGAUUCGGAGGUUCAGUAUGUUGUUGCUGUCAAUGGGAUGGAUCUAAGUUCACGAAAAAGUUCCCUUGGAGUAAGUGCUUCUGGGAACAAUUUGGAUGAGCUACUUCACAGGAAUACUGAUAGGGAGAUCAGUAGAGCUGCCACAGAACCUGCAGUAGCUUCGGUUGCUCCCUUGGCAGGCAAUGAAUCUUUAUCAGCUAGCCAGACUUCUCAACCUGUAACAGGUUUUUCUACUGGAAAUGAGCCAUUUUCAGAGCCUUAUCGAGGACAGCAACUACACUUAACAGGACUUGGUAACCACCAAGUUUACACGUCAGCUCACAUGGCAAGCAUAGGCUAUGUAGAUGAGAAGGGGUCUGUUCCUUUGCAUGUUCAACCACAGCCUCAUUAUAUCCCUUAUCCUGUGAAUCCUGAAACACCUCUUGAGAGUGUGGUGCCUCAGUAUCCACGUAAACCUGAGCAAGGAGUUUUGCAUGAUGAGCAGAUCUUUCGUGUACAAGAUCCAGAAGCUUCAUCAAAAGAGACCAAAAUGAGAAGAGAAGACUCAUUUAAGAAGGUAAAUGGUCCUGCUAAUGAAUCUACUAUCGAGACCAAUCUUUCAGCAAAGGAGUCAAAGAUGAGGAGAGAAUCCUCAACUCCAAGGGUCAAUGAGUAUUCUGUUUCGUCUAUGUCUGGUGAUUUGAUAGUCCCAGAUCAUGCCCUGAAGGAAGAAGCUCCAAUUGCCACACAGAUAUCCACCAAUUCAACACCGUAUCCAAGUACCUCAGCCUGUCCAGAGAAAAGUCUUAGAAAAUCUCAUGACCAUAUUGAGAACAAUCUUUCUGCAAAGGAGCCAAAGAUGAGGAAAGAACACUCCACCACAAGGGUCAGUGAGUCUUCCCUCUCCUCUGUAUCUGGUGAUUCUAUGGUCCCAGAUCACACCCUCAAGGAAGAAGCUCCUUUUUCCAAGCAAAUUUCUAAUUCAACACCAGAUCCAAGUUCCUUUGUUUGCCAAGAAAGAAGUCUUGAAACAUCCCAGGAAUAUGUUCCCAAAACGGCUGCCCUAGAUACAGCAAGUGAAGACAUGAAAAUCAGUCAGGACACUCAAUGUUGUCUGCCUGGAGGAUUCUCUGCAUCUGGGCUUGUAAUUCCAGAUGGUGAUUCAUCUAAUUCGAGUAAUGUCGACCAGCCUGUGAUUCACCAAAGGGAUUUUCAUUCUGGGCUACGGGAUACAGCAGAAACUAAACGUUUGUCCCAAACUGAUGAUUCUCUGGGUUCCCAAUUUGUAAUGGCUAAAUCAGCUUCAGAUGCAUGCUUGCCUAUCAGUGAAUCAGCUGAAACUUUUCAUGAAGCAAAGAUGGAGUCCCAGAAUGUUCAUUCCAGCGCACCAGUAAGACCACCUCCUGAAAGCCUCUGGACAGCCGACGGUAGUAUCUCACAGUUUGAAGAAAGAAACUUGGAACCUAACGCCCCGGAGCAUUUAAGUCAGUCAGAGACUUCAGUUAAGGCUGUUCCGCAAGGACAUAUUGAGAACGGGGAUAUAGUUGUUGAUAUAAAUGAUAGAUUUCCUCGUGAUUUUCUUGCUGAUAUACUGAAAGAGUCUCUAAACUUCCCUGGACUACGGCCAUUGCAUGGUGUUGGAGCUGGAGUGAGUUUAAAUGUUCAGAAUCAUGACCCUAAAAAUUGGUCCUAUUUUCGAAAUUUGGCGCAGGAUGAGUUUGAGAGGAAGGAUGUAUCCCUUAUGGAUCAGGACCACCCUGGAUUUCCCUCUUCCCUGACUAACACCGAUGGAGUUCCUAUUGAUUAUAGCUACCCACCAUUGCAGUCUGAGAAAGUUGCUCCAACUCAGUUAAAUCCACAAAUCCACUUUGAUGGGAAGGCUCAGCCGGACGUGUCUACCACUGCCGUAGCUGAUUCGAGCACAGUAGACACACAAGAAGAUCACGGUCAGACAGUGUUCGAAGGUGCUGAAAGAACAGAUUCAAAAGUGAAUACUGAAGCUCCUCUUAUUGACCUUAUUGCUGAGGACAAUGUCAGCAGAUCUCUGCAGUUCAUUAAAAAUGACGACUUGGAAGAACUGAAGGAACUAGGUUCUGGUACCUUUGGAACUGUCUAUCAUGGAAAAUGGAGGGGUACAGAUGUUGCUAUCAAGCGAAUUAAAAGGACCUGUUUUAUUGGUCGUUCAUCUGAACAAGAGAGAUUGACCUCGGAGUUUUGGCAUGAAGCUGAAAUUCUUUCCAAGCUACAUCAUCCAAAUGUUAUGGCAUUUUACGGCGUAGUGAAAGAUGGGCCAGGAGGAACUUUAGCUACAGUCACAGAGUACAUGGUCAAUGGAUCGCUUAGACAUGUUCUGCUCAGCAACAGGCAGAUUGAUCGACGUAAGCGACUUAUCAUUGCAAUGGAUGCAGCUUUUGGGAUGGAAUAUUUGCAUUCAAAGAACAUAGUUCAUUUCGAUUUGAAGUGUGACAACUUGCUUGUCAACUUAAAGGAUCCCGCCCGUCCCAUAUGCAAGGUUGGUGAUUUUGGUCUGUCAAAGAUAAAAAGAAACACUUUGGUCACUGGCGGUGUAAGGGGAACCCUCCCUUGGAUGGCUCCCGAGCUACUUAGUGGAAGCAGCAGCAAAGUUUCUGAAAAGGUCGAUGUAUUCUCUUUCGGAAUCGUCUUGUGGGAAAUUCUUACCGGUGAGGAACCAUACGCCAAUAUGCAUUACGGUGCAAUAAUCGGAGGCAUAGUGAACAAUACACUGAGACCAACCGUUCCAAGCUACUGUGACCCAGAAUGGAGGAUGCUGAUGGAACAGUGUUGGGCUCCUGACCCAUUUGUUCGACCUUCCUUCCCAGAGAUAGCCAGACGUCUCCGUACCAUGUCCUCCUCUGCGGUCCAGACAAAAGCUCACGCCCCCAAUCACCACAAGUAAUCUGUCAGUUUAUCAUUCCUGGUACGUAAAACAAGACAUGUUUCCCCUGCUCCUAUCCGGUGAUCGCCACGUCAUAUUCCGGCGGUUGGUUGCCGACAAGUAAUCUUUCCAGCCCUGUAGAGCUUGCCUCAAACCAUUAAUCUUGUUAUAUAAUCCCAAACAACAAUUAGCAUGCAUGAUGCAUAUCUUUUCCAUCUAGCUGUGCAAUUGGCAGAACCCUCGGAAGUAAACCGUGUCAAGAAACCGCAUCGUGAGACCGAGUUCUUCUGUGACAAACCGGUCGUGUUUGAUGAUGUUGAACACGUCUUGCUCGUUCUUGCCGCAGAAAUGUCCACCUUAACUCGUACCAGUAUUUGUUGAGCUUGACCGUUUGGCGGUUGGCUUGAACGAACUUGAAAUCUGCAUUGACAAGGUUUCCUGGAUCGCUAGUGUUUCCGUUGGAGUGGUCGCAGGUGACCUGGAAGUCUACUUCCGAGAAUAGAUGAGGGAAUGGGUCUCGGAGCCACAUUAUAUCCAUGUCCUGUGUCAACAACGUAUAAAACAAAAUACAUAAAUCUUUUUUUUUUUAUGUACUAGAUGAAAUAUGAAAUGUUGAUAAUUUUUAAGACCAAAGAGUCAAAGACAA